AUGAACUCGGAUAGUACCAAACAGAAUGAAUGGUAUACAACUUCUUGUAGUAACUGUACAUUUACAUUACCUGUACGAUAUCAAAAUUUAGUACUCAUUGAACAGAAAACUUAUGCUAGUAUAGUUCAUGCCACAGAUACUACCACUGGUAAAUAUGUAACUAUUAAAAAAUUUCUUCACCCAUUUCAAACUCACAUAUAUGCAAAACGAACCUAUCUAGAACUUAAACUACUCAUUUAUCUCAACCAUCCUGAUGCACAAUUUAUUCAUUCAGCUGGUAUUAUUGUUCGGGAUUUAAAACCAACAAAUAUUGGAGUUGAUCAAAAUAGCAAUGUUACAAUUCUUGAUGUUGGAAUAGCUCGUGUUGCACCGGUUGGUUCUGACAUUGAUGGUUUUAUCACCAAAAUGUGGUGUGCACCAGAACUAUAUCUCAAUGAGAAUAAAUAUGAUGAAAAAGUUGAUAUUUGGUCUGUUGGAUGUAUAAUGGCUGAAAUAAUUCUAAGUAAACCACUUUUUCAGGGAUAUAAUACAAUUGAUCAGUUAAAUAAAAUGUUUGAAAUUAUUGAUACACCGGAUCUUGCAACAUUACAAGAGUUAUGUACACCAGAAGCAACUGCUUAUAUUAGUCGAAUGAAACCUAAAACCAAAAGAAAUUUCAAUGAAUUGUUUGGUUUUAAAUAUGAUCCAUUAACACAAAAAACAAUAUCUGGUGUUUCACGAGAAGGUAUUGAUUUUCUCGAUCAUCUUCUAUCUUUUGAUCCUCGUCGGCGUCCGACUGUUGAACUAGCUUUAACUAUUGUAUGGCAAAUGGUUCAAGAGUUUUCACCACCAUCUUGGGCUAAUGAUAAUUCAAUGAACGAUUCAUAA